AUGUCGAUUAUGAAUCAUAAGAAGUCUUAAAUAGAAAAAGGAACUUCAUAAGAAAUGGAAUACAAGUUCAAAAUAUCACUAUUUAGUGUCAUGCAUAAUAUCAUACAGAAUAAUUUAUGUAACACUCUCAUCUAUUGUGUGUUGCUAAGCAUUGAAAAUCUUUAGCUAAUGUACUAUCCCAUUCAUCCAGUUAUAGAUUUUUUAUGGGAUAAUUAAGGUCUAUAUUACUUCAGAAUCAUUCUUCGCUACUUUUAAUUUAAUUAUCUUAUAGAUUAAGGCAUAACCAUAUUCAUAAUUUUAUUAUACAUUUCUUUUGGAGUGAUGGUCAUUAUUGGUUUGAUAUUCUUUAUUAGUUAAUAUUCAUUAAGUCAAUUAAAAUAUCAAGAACAAUAAUCUGGAAUGCUUAUCUUUAGUUUCAAAUUGUUAUCUUUAUUACUUAUUAUUUUGAAUACUGUAUUGGCACUACCAUUUUAUAACAUCUUUUUAGCUACUAUAUAUUGCAGAUCAGAUUCGGCUGCUGGGGCUGAUUUAGGUUGUUAUUAAGGCAUACAUAUUUUACAUAUGAUCGUGGCCAUAAUUGGAAUAGUGUUACUAAUCUUUUUUCAUUUUUCCACGACAUUAUUGUACUUUGAUUUGAAGUAUAGAUUUUAUUGAUAAAAGUCCAAAAUCAAAAUUCCCUUUCAAUGGCUAUUAAUCUGAUGCUGAAUAUGCUAGAAUGCUUUUUAAAUUUGUUAUUCCUUUUCUUAUAAUUUUUAAUGCUCCAGGUACAUACAAUAGUGAAAUGGUUGUUUUAUUUGGAGUUGGAGAUCUUAUUCUCUUAUUCUCAAGAUAUAAUUAUCCAACAGGAUACAAUAAUUUCAUGUAUUUAUGAAUAAUUUAAUAAAUAGACAUUUCUACAAAAUAACACUAGAAAUAAUUGUUUUAUGGAUCAAUAUCUGUGUUAUUAUUACUGACUUCUUAGAUACUGGUGAACCUGAUGAUAUGGGUUUAUUAUAUUUAUUUGUUUCAAUACCAUGUGUUGUAUUUGGAGGAUUGUAUGCUUUCAAAACAAUACUAAAAGAAUCAAUGACAUUUUCAAUAAAAAAUUUGAAAAAUGAAGAAGAGGCAUAUAACUAUUUAAACACUCUUUUAUAAUUGAUUUUGGAUAGAAAAUCUCCAAAUACUAAAAUAAAGUUGAUGGGAGUAUUGAAAUUACAUUAUGUCUCUUGUACAAAAACUGGAUGUGCAUGCAAAUAAUUAAUAUCAUAAGAUCAUAGAUAGGAAGAGGGUACACAAGAAAAUGAGAAUUGGAUGAAAUUUUUGGGAUCCAUUUUGGAUGACUUAAUGGCAGAUGAAAAAUUCAAAGAGAAUGCUCAAUUCAAAAUAUUUUAUUCUUAUGUAUGUAAUGAUGAAUUAAAAAAUAAAUAUAAUGCUUUACAUUAUAUGAUGAAGGCUGAAGAUACAAAAAAUCAUACUUUAAGAGAUGAAUUUUGUUUAUUUCGUUUCAAAUAACAUAUAGAAUGUGAAAUGUAAGAAGACUCUGAGAAAGCUUAAGAUAUUGAUGUGAAUUCAAUAGUUUUCUUUUAAAAUCAAUUAGUGGUGUUAACUAAUAUGAUAUAGAAAAGUGCAGAAUCACAUUUAGAAUUUUGGAGAGAAUUAUAAGAGGAUUAUCCAAAUAUAUUAAAAUUAUAAAAUAUAGGAAUGAAAGUAUUAUAAUAGAUUGAUCUUUGUGAAGAAGGAUAUCAAGAACUAAUAGAGAUUAACAAUAACAAUUUAAAUUUAUUAGAAUUUUAUAAUGCUUAUUUAUAAUUGGUAGUGCAUGAUAAUGAAUAACAUGAAUAGUUAUCUUAGUAGAUAAGUUAAAUUAAGAAAACAAUAUAUUAAAGAAGAUAAGGAGGAGGAUAAGAGUCUAAGAUAACUGAAUCAUAAGAGACUAUAAUAAUAACAAUGAGUGGAAAUGUAGGUAGUAUAGGAAUAGUGGCCAGUUGUAAUAAUGAAAUAUAAAAGUCUUUGGGUUAUCCUGCAUCUGAUUUAUUUGAGUAGAAUGUAAGUAAGAUCAUGCCAAAAAUUAUAGGAGAUUAACAUAAUUAAUUAGUUGAAAAUUAUUUGAGAACAAAUAAUUCAAAUAUUAUAGGAUUAGAACGUUUUGUACUUGCUUAAAAUAGUCAAUAGUUUUUGGUACCUUGUAAAUUGAUGGUUAAAGUAUUACCAAAUUUAGAUAAAGGUAUUCUUUUAGUUGGAUUUUUAAAACCAUUAGAGAAAUUACCAGGCACUCAUUAUAUGAUAUAUGAUGCAAUUUCAUAAUAAAUUUUAAAUUUUAGUGAAUCAAUUAAAGAUUUAGGAAUAAAAAUAUAAAAUAUUAUAAUAACAAGUGCAUAAGAAUAAUCUAAAUUUUCAUUUGGAAGAGUAUUUAAAGAAUUAGGUGAUAUUUUAAAUAAUCCUGUAAAUUAAAAUGAUUAAUCUUUAAAAAGUUUGUUGUAUAAAUUAGAUGGUGAUGUAUAUUCUGUUGAAACAACAAUGAAUGUUAAACAAAUUAAUGAUACUUUAGUAUAAAUUAAUCAUGAUUCAGACAAUAAGAAAAUGGGAAACUCUGCUUUAGAUUCAGAACAUUUGUAUUUGAAUAGUGAUUACAAAAAGGUUAAAUUAGAAUUGAUUGAAGAGAGAUUUCCUUUAACAGAUGAUGGUUAACCAGCAGGUGGGUGUAUUUAUCAUACAAUAGUUAUUAGAGAGGAUAUUGAUUAGGAGAAAGUAAAUUAUGGAAAAUCAUCAAUAAAACAGAAAUUGGAUGAGAGUAAACAUCAGAUUGUUUAAUAAUAAUCAAUUGAUGAAGAAGAUGAUUAAUAAAAGAAUCCUUAAUCUUCAGUUGAUGAUCAAGAAGAAAAUAAAUAGACUAAAGAUAUUAGAAGUGCUUUAGAAUAAUCAAAAACUCCACGAUAGAUUAUUUAUUUAAGAUAUUUAUCUUUAAUCUUAUUUUUAUCAACUUUGACAUUAUCUAUAACCAAAUUAGUUUUAUCAUUGUAAUAAUCAAUAUUAGUUGAUGAGGGUGUAAGUGCAGUUCGUUAAGCUCAUCGAAGACAUUCAUUAAUGGCAGAUAUAAAUUUAUAUUGUCGUUAUUUACAUUUAACAUCUUUUGGAUAUUAUGAUUAAUCUUUAGAAGGAGCAUUUAAAGCAAAUAUAAGUGUUUUAGUUGAUAAAUUAUAAGUGAUAUAAUUUGAUAUGAUUGAAUUUAGAAUAAAAGUAGAAGGAAGAAGUGGUUAAUAAAUAGAUGAUGAUUAAUAUGAUGUAUUGUUUUUACUUUCAAACAAUGAAACAAAAACAUAUGGCAACAUUUUUAAUGAUGCUGUAUUUGCUUAUAUUACUUCAGCAUCUUCAUUUAAAAAAGCAACACUUUCUUAAUUUAAUGAUUCAUCUAAUUCUAAUAGUGUUUCUAAGAAUCUUUUUUAUGUAGUUGAAAAUGGUUUAGGUGUUCUUAGAAAUGGAUCUGAAAGAAUAGCUGAUAAAUUUUAUAAUUUUUAUUAUGAUUAAGUAGAUGCUUAAACUAUAAAUGCUGUUAUUAUUUUAAUUACAGCUUUAGUUAUUAUAGUAAUUUGUGAAAUCAUUUAUGUACCAAUUUUUAUGAGUAUCUUUAAUGAAAGAAAACUAUUAAUCAGUUAUUUUGGUAUGAUUACAAAUGAUGAUAUCAAAUAUUUAAUUGAUCAAGGAGAUACAUUUAUUUUAGAUCACAUAACAAAAUUUAAAAGUUCUGAUGAUAUUUAUUAAGUUGAUUAACCUCAAUAAUAAAAUUAAGUAGAAAGUUCUUUGAAUUAAGAUUAAAGUCAAGAUGUAAUUGAAAGUCCAAAAUAAAAAAUAGAAAUGGACUAAAGAAAAUCACUUUUUGAUUAAACUAAAUAAAAACAUCAAAGAAUUUAUGAAAGUUAAGGUGGUACUCAUUAUCUUUUAAUAUUUUCAUUUAUUUUUAUUGGUUCACUAUUAAUGAUUGAAUAUAUUGUUAUGUAUGUUUUAGAAGAUUAAUCAAUAAGUGAUGCAAAAUUAAUAAUGGAUCAUUACUUAUAUAUAUCUCGACGAGCAAGCAUUAUAAAAUUUAAUAUACUUUUUACAUUAGAAUCAUUAGUUAAUAAUGGUUAACCUAGAAUAUAUUUGGAUAAUGACCUUAAUAAAUAUUAUAAUGAGAAGGUGUAUUCAAAUGAAUAAGAUCUAUUCAAAACUUUAACAUAUACAUAUCCCUCUUCAUUUGAUGAUUACUUUACUUUCUUUAACAAUGUCAAUUUCUUAAAUGUAUGUUAACAUAUAUCAUGGAUCUAAAAACUGUAAUUAAUUACAUAAUCCUUUGUCUUUGUUGAUACAAUUGAUAAUUUUACUAAUUAUACAUUUUCCACAUCAGAAUUAGAAUAAGAAUGUAAUACAGUAAAAGAAGGUAUCCUUACUAAAGGUUUAAGAGAUGGGAUAUUCUUAGUUUCUUUAAGAAAUAAUGAACUUUUAGCAAGAUUUUCAAAUUUUUCAGAUAGUUUAGAUGAAUUUUAAAUUUAAGAACUGUUACGUAAAUACAUUUUACCUACUUUUUGGGAAAAUAAUAAUAUUUUUUAAACUUGUUUUUAUAAGUAAAUAUAUUUAAUAUAUAUAUUUAAUUAGUUUCUUAGAUAUUCGUGAUUAAAUAUAGAUCUAUAAUUUCGUUGGGUUUGUAGGAUUUUUACUUUUAAUAUUUUUAUUUUUGUGGAUAUCUUAUAUUGCUAAAGUUUAAGCUAAUAUUUAAUAAUCAAUGAGAAUGCUCACUUUAAUACCUGAUGAUCUUAUAGAUAAAUACACAAAACUUAAAGAGGCUAUCGAAUUUCAUGUCUUAGGUAUUAAGUUAUAAUAAUAAUGAAAUAAUCAAUCAUUUAAUAAUUAUAUAAUUAUGUACAAUCCAGUUGAGUAUUAUUAUUCAAACGAUUACUAUGUAUCUCAAAUAACUAAACCAGAAAUUCCUAGAGUUAAUACUUCUUAUUCACCUAGGAAACUCAUAAUGGGAUAUUGGAAGAAGGAUUAUAAAUAAUUUAUUAAAUAAAGAACAGUAAAUUUGGAAUCAAAGGAAAUACAACCUCAUUCAGCAAAGUAAAAAGGUAUGAAAUAGUCAUUCACUCGAUUGGCAGAAUCUAUAUUAAAUGCUAGUAAUUGUUUUGAAAAUAUCCCAAAUAGAUAGACAAAGACAGAUAGAUUUGUUAAAAAAGUGAAAAAUAAUAUUACCACUCCAUCACCAUAGCAUUCUAAAGGACAUAAUCAUGAGGUUCAUAAAAUUCCAGGAAGACUUUAUAAGGGAACACUUCUUAAAAAUUUAGAAAACACUACAAAUUCAUUUGAAAAGUCUUAUAUUUUGGAUUCAAAAAAGGAAUUUGGAUAUUCUUCAAUAAGUCCAAAAAGUACAAAGAAAGAUCACAGUUCAGAAUAAUUUAGAUAAAAGCAUAAAUAAAUUUCUAAUACUGAUUAAGUAGUAACACCUUAUAAAGAACUUAAAUAAUAAUUGAUGAUAAGAAGAUCUACAUUAAAUAAUAUAAACUCUACAAUUACUUUAAAAAAAACAACUUAAAAUGUUGUAGAUGAAAAAUUAGAAGGUAUGAAACUUGAAUGUUUAUUAAUUAAACCUUGUCCAAAUAAUAUAAAUAAUUUGGUGAUGAUUCAAUUUGAAAAUGUGUUAGGCUAUGAUGAAUCUAGUUUUUUUGGAUUAUAACCUGAUUUUAUUGGUAGUAAAUAACAUGAAGAAUAUUUAGUAUUAAGAGAUCAUUAUUUUUAAAGAGCUUCAUCAACUUCAUCCUUUUAUAUUCAUAAAAACAUCAAAGAGCUUUUUAAUUCUAUAUCUAGAGUAUAUCAAAUAGGAAUUUAUACACUUAAUUAUUAAUAACUUCUUAAAGAUCUUAUUAAUGAAAAAAAAUUAAAAAUAAAUGGUGCUUUUUAAAUCACUGAUUAUAAAAUAGAUACAUUUGUAAUUGAUAUUACUAAUGUAUUAACUAAUUUAAAGAUUAAGAAUCCUCAAUUAUUAAUUUUUAUAUAACCCUUUAAAUUACUAAACUAAUAAGAAUUCUUUACUCCAAAUCAUACAAAAAUACCUUAUUAUGAUUAUUAUGGAUAAAGAUUUUUCAUACCAUUCACAAAAUCCAUUCAUCCAAAUUAAUAUAGACUGUUAGCAUUAUCAAGUUUAUAAAUGUAAAGUUUAUUUAAAAAUGGUGAAUAAAAUAAUGGAUUUUAAUAAAUUAAUUAUUUUAUUGAAUAAUUUACUCUUGCUUUAUAAAGUGAAAGCAAUUUUACUUAAUUUCUUAGCAAGAGUCAAAAUAAAAUUAGGAGUAUUAAUCAAUCUUCAUACUUUAGAUAAAUAAAAUAAAGAUUAUUAUAAUAAGUUUAUUUUAUUGAUACUUUAAAACUUAAUCAAGAUAAAUAUGAUGACAUCAAAUUAAAAUAAAAAGAAAUAAAUGAUAAAUUAUCUUUUAAGAUUGAGAAUACAAAACAAAUGGAAAUUUUAUACAAUGAUAUACUUUAUAGAAACAAAGAUAUAAUUGAAAAACUUAAGAAUUUUAAAUUUAAUCCAACAAACAAUCUAUCAUAAUUACAUUCAGAACUAUAAUAACAGUUGAUUAGAUUAAAUUAUUGUGAAAUGUUUGUCGAUUCUUGCUACUACUUGCCAUUUUGA